GAAAACUUGAAAGUUUACGCGGCGAACUCGAGGAAGGUUCCGCGAAAUUUGCGGUAUGUAAUUUGUGUUUGAUAUAUGUAAGUCGUGAAGUUUUACGAAAUAUUUGAAGGAAUACAUAUAUAUAACAUGCAUAUGCCUGGAUACGUUUCGAUUAAAGGUUCCAUAAUUUACAUAUAUCCACGAAUUUUUACGCAGUUUGAUUGUAAUGUGAUAAUACCAAAUAUUUUAUCAUAUAUGACCUUUCUUGAGAAAUCAGAAUGACUAAAACAUGUGCUUUUAAAUCAGAUACAUAAAAUUUUUUAUUAAUGCUGAUAAAAGGAGAGAGAGAGAUAUUUUUAAACUAAUUAAGUUUAUACUGAUACUAAUUAACAAGACAUCAUGGCUCGCAAAAAGAAGAUAGAACAAAAGAAUAACUGUACAUUGAAAACAUCAAAAGGGCUUCGUGCAUGUACAGUUGUACUACAUGAUAUUGCUUUAGAAACAGAUUUAAUUCAACGCUAUCAAUUACAUUUACCUUUAAAGAAAGAUACAUCUAUACAUUCUAUUAACAAACAGUUACUAAUUAAAAAAAAUGUACAGACGAAUGAUGUUAUAGAGAAUGGAAGAUAUACAAUAACAAAAAAUUGUUCAAAGAAAACAAUCAAUAAAAAAAAGGGAAAGAAUUAUGAAAAUGUUAAAUCUCAGCAAAACAAAAAAGAUAUAAACAAAGAUAUAUUAUUAAGCCAUCAAUACGAUGAAACAACUGUAACACAGCAAUUAACACAUGGUAGCAAUGCUAAAUCAUCUUCUAAUAAAAAUACUGAUGAAAUAUCUAGUACAUCCACAGAUACACAUUUUAAUUAUAUGCAAAAAAUGACUGUAUUAAUGAAUAAUAAGAAUAAUAAAGAUGUUAGAAAACUGAGAAAAGAUUCUAAAGCAAUACUACGUUUGAAUAAGCCAGAUAUAACAAAUGAUACAUAUAUAAAAUUACCCAAGGAUUCUAAUAAUACAACUUGUUUGGAUAAAAAAAAUAUAACUGUUGUGGAUUAUAAUAGCAAUAUGGAAGAGAUAUCUGGCAAAUCUAUUACACAUACACCAAAUAAUAAUUUACUACCAAUUGAUUUUUCUGAUGGGAUAAAUUGCGGAGUAAAACGAGAGCAGUGUAAGAAAAAUCAAAAUAGCAAAGAUAGUAUAGUACAAACUACAUGUAAUGGAGGAAAGUCAACAAGAAAUGAGACAAAAAGGUCAGUAACAAAGCGAAAUCUACCAAGAAUAAUUGGAAAUCAUGUUUUACCAGAAGGAGCAAAAAUUUUAAAAGAAAUAAAAGUUGAAAAAUUAAGAAUAAAUAACAACUUACAGAGCAGUACUCCUAAGCAGAUUUCUCUAGAACAGGAUAGAUGUAAUAAUAAUGAUAAAAACAGACAUGAAAUUUCUCGCAAUAUUGAUACAAUUGAAACUACAAAUAUUAUUCUUAAUGAAAAAGAAUGCCAUACAUCCCUUGAAAUAAAUGGGUCAAUCAAUACUUCAAAAAUAUCAAGUCCACAUAACAAUAAUGUUGAUUUAAAAGAUAAAAACUUGCCAAUUGAUAAAUCAUAUAGUAAAGUUAUUGAUUGCAAAAAUUUAAAUUCUAUAACAAAAGUAAGAAAUAACUAUUAUAUUAAUAAUACUAUAAAUAAUAAUGAUACUGAGAGUAAAGUAAUAAUGAGACAUGAAAACUAUACUUUAAAUGACCAGGGACAAUUAAGUAAAUUUACUAAUGAUACAGGGAUACAUGAAAAUAAUGCAUUACAAGGUGGUAGAAAGUGUAAAGAAAAAUGCAUUAAAAACAUAUUAAACAAAAAUACUUCAGAUCUUAUGGACAUAGACAAUAAAAAUUGUAAUUUUAGUACAUCACUAAUAUCUGCAAAUAAAGAAGAGACUGUAAAACAAACUUUAAAGCGUACUUUGAAAGAAAAAGAUAAAGAUUAUAAUCUGGACAGUAAAAAAAUGAAAUUAAAUAGGAACAGUUGGUUACAAAAUAAUGACAUAAAUAAGACAUCAAUCAAUAAUCAAUGUAAUGAUUCUUCAAGUACUGUUACAACAGAUACAACAAUAGAAACAAAUAUAUUUAAAGAAUAUAAUCAGGAGCAAAAAUCAGACUUACAUAACUUCUUGAAGCAGAUGAAAUCAAAAAGAGAUUUUAAAUUAAAAUCUACAGUUAAAACAGAAAACGAGGAAAUUUGCAAAAAACUUUCUGCCAAGGAAGAAUUAACUUUAAGUGGUACUGUAUAUGAAAAGAAAAAUAAUGCGCAAGAGAAACAUACAGAGGAACAUACAAAUGUUGUAAGUGAUAAUGAAGAAGAUGAUUGUAUUUCUCUUUUUGCAGAAUCUUUUGCAGAAUUUACAAGCCAAUGUGAAGAUCAAUCUUUGUAUGAGAAAAACAAAUCAUAUAAAUCUCUACAUUCUGAUAUACCAUAUCCAAUGACUGCUAGUAGCUUUGAUAAAUAUGUUAAACAAAAUAAUAAAGAAUUUAAUAAAGAGUAUGCAGAUUGCAUAGAAAAUAAUAUAGAAGCUUCAAAGUCCAAAGCAAAUGAAAUAUCUAAUAAUCAAUCAAUCCAAGUUUUAAAUAUAGAUUGUACAUCUGCAACUAUAGAAUCAAAAUCGCUACAAACUAGAAAUAUUUACCCAACAAAAGAAACUAUUUACAAUUUUAUCAGAACAUAUUGUUAUACAACAUUGAGGUUUGGUACAGAUAUAAAGCAUCAGUGUAAAUAUAAACAUGAUGUGGAAAAUGUAUUUCAUACAGUUAAUGUAAAAGAUUCCAAAAUAAUUAUCGACAUUAUACAAGAGGCAGUAAAACAGAAUUUUAAUUAUUUUUGCGAACAAGUAUACAUAGCUUCAUUAAAAAAAUUAACUGUUGAUCAGAUUUUAAAAAUAUAUAAAAUGUUUCAUGAAAAUUGGGAUUCUCACUCGAGAAGAGAUUUUACAAUCCAAGCGAGGAAAAAUAUUGCUUGUAGUAUUAUUAAAGAAUUACUAAACAGAGAAAUGUCAUUAAAAAUAAUCAUCGAUCAUAUGAUGACACUUAUCUUGCCCACCAGGAAUUUAAACGAACUUUACAACAUAUUAAUGUGUGUAGAUAUGUAUGUGAAACCUGGUGAAUACUGGAAAACUGUAAAAAAUAUAAUUUUAAAACGGCGACCACAUGUUUGUAAACAAAUUGUUGAAAAAAUAUUACAUGAAUGCAUACAAAGUAAUGAUUUACAAAAUAUUCAAGAUGUUAACAAUAACUUAAUAAAUAAGCUUGAUUCUACAUUAAUAUCAACGUUGGAUAAAUAUGCAAUAAAAUGUUUUAAAAAUAUUUUGGUUCAAAAAACUGCAAAAAAUUCUUACUCUAAAGUAUUAAUUAACAAUUUUGGAGAAAGUUUAACAACGGGAACUAUUGCUUCUCCUGAUUCUCCUGACCCAUGUCAAAGUGUGAACUUUACACAACAGGAACUCCCAAUUUCUCCAACAAGAGAUGAUAUUUCUCUCAGAGAAACUGAUAUAAAUCAAAAUGAAAAUCAUGUAACUCAAGAUGUAAAUUUAACAAAACCAUACAAAUAUGGUUUUAUGCAACCUAUUGAUGCAUCCUAUGCGCGAUCUGUUUAUAGAGAUCACGAACGUUUCUGGAAAUUUUAUAUGGAUUUAGAGCGAUUUGAAAAAGGACUUAUAUAUGAAGAUUAUGAUUAUGUUAUUGAUAUCUUAAAAAGUUAUACAGAAAAACGGGAAAGUGAGUUAUUUGUUAGUAAGUGUUGUCUGGUACUUCAAAAUGUAAAACGUUCAGAAUAUCACUUUAAAAACAUCCUAAGGCUAACAGUCCAAAUGGAUGUUUUCAGCAUUCUAUCUAAAAUCUUAUUCGACAUAGGAUUAAACAUUUUGGCCAAUUUAGUGGAUGAGGAGGCUUGGGGGCUUGCACUCCAAUUGAUUCAAUCACUUAAUAUAUAUGAUUUACCAUAUAAUGCAGAAUAUUUUUUACUAUCGGCUGAAAUUUAUUUAGCUAACAAAAAGGCAGUAAAGGCAUAUGAUUUACUCAAAUAUCAGAAUAUAAUAUGUACGAGUUGUGAUAAGUGGUACGUUAAAAGCACUACUAAUGACAAACACGUAAGAAACAAAAUAAUAGACAUUCUGUUUGAUUCAUUAUGUGAUGAAUUUCUUGAACAUGCAUUUUUUCUUUUCCAAUUUUUACUUAAAGAUCAAUCCAGUUAUUAUACUCCAAUAGAUUUAUCUUAUUAUGCAGACAAAUUAAUUAUAUUAUCUUUGUCAAAAAAGGAUACAACUUUAAUCACAGAAAUGGGCAACUUAGUACUUAAACAUAGUUUUGUAUUAAGUACAAUAACAUGUCGUGCAUUAAUUUCUACGAUAAUUCACACAGAUGAAGUUUUAGCUAGACAGAUAUAUAAUUAUGCAGAAGGCAUAGGUAUCUAUUCAACAGUGAAGUUGUUGCCAAUAACACAUAUUAUUAUAAAUACCGACUUAACAGAAGAAGAAAUAUAUCUUAUAUUCCUGCAAUUGAUAAAAAAUCUUAUAAUGAAUUUUGGACAUGCGAUUGAGUUUGCUAAACCUCAUCAAAUCAAGGUAUAUUUCAUUUUGGAGAUAAAAAUAAAUAAACAGUUUUAUUGUGCCGCAUUGCAGAACCAUUAUAAUAAUAAGGCUAUUAUAAAUGCAAAGACAUUAAUAAAAAAUGUCUUAAAGAAACGCUUUGAUCCACCCAUAUUACUAAUGAAGUCAAAUGUUAAAGGUAGAGUAGGUAAGCUACAGAGUAAAAGUCUUAUAAAUUAUUUGCAAUCAGAACAUUGUAAUUAAAAUUAUACUUAUCCAUGAACAAUAGUACAAUAUGAAAUCAAGAAAAUCGAGGUUAAAUAGAGAUUGAAAAUUAAUCUCUAUUUCCAUGUUCAAUUGUUUUAUCAUAUCACAUUGUUUUAUUUCUAUAUACAUACUUUUGUAUACAUGUAGAAGACUGUAGUUUUAUUACUAUAUCAAAAUUUAAAAAAAUAUUUUAUAUUAUAUUGCACCUCUAUGCACUUUAUGUAUUUGAAUUAUAUUUACAAUUGAAUCGCAGUAUGAAAAAAAAUUUUUAUCUAUAAAAAAUGAUAUACAUAAAGUGUAUAUAAAAUAUUUGUAUUAAGAUUUUCAUGUA